UUAUCUAAAAGGAUAUAUUUAUCAUGUUACACGGGAAGAAAGAAUGAUAUAAGAGCAUUAUUUAUUUCAUCCUGAUUACUGAUUUAAAUGCUUGUUUUAUAAGUAGUUAUGUAAGAAGUUAAGUCAGGAAAACCAGCUAUGAGGAAGCGUAAUUUGUUUGACAGGGAUUGAUGUUUCAUGGUCUUACAUUCUCUUAACAUUAUAUUCUCUCAUCAUUUAUAUAGCUGGAUACAAAUACGGAUGAAGACGGAUGGAUUUGGCUACUGAAAACGGUCUAUGGACGUAGAAUUAGGGAAGCUAUUUUUGUGUACCUUAGAAAAAUAUGGACUUCCUGCAAAAUGGAGUUAGAACUCUGAAAAGACACAGUAUUUCAAACAUAAGUGAUGCUAUUAGGAGCCAUAUUCACCGGGACUCCUUCAGUGGAAUAGGGCGACAUCUUUUCUCUCCUAAUAAAACCGAUUUUCCGUUGAAAAAUGCCGAUUUUGCCAGUGUAUCGGCUGCCGUUGUUCAUUUAUUUCAAAAGAAGAAAUUACAAGAAAAUGAACUGUCGGCAUUACAGGAAUCUGUAAGAAACCUUACCACGACGGAUGCAGGCCCACUAAUCUUUGACUACUUUAAGGACAAACUUAUACGAAAGGGAAUGGUUAUUUUACGCGAAAAGAUAAAACACGAAACAGGACAUUCUCUUUUGACAAAAUUAGGAGAACAAUGGAACUACUUUUACAAAGAAAUAUUACCGGUCUUAUAUGCCCUUUUACUUCCGGUUGAAACUAAAACGUACACAAUAAAACAAGUGUCCUUACUUGAGUUUAGGAACACUGUUCUGCUUAAAUUACCGGUUAAAGAUGCUGUCGCUGAACUAUCACAUACAGAUCCGGUUCAUGCAAUCAUACAACAAAUGUUGUUAGUUUUGCAUGGGGUUCACGAGAACCCAUGUACUGACAAUUAUAUUGAACUAGAGAAAAUAGUAGCCAGAGUGAUCUCACCUCAUUUAGGAAUUCUGGGAUUGUAUAAUGGUGACAGUGAACCAGAAUUAAAGAGUAAUUAUAAACCACCAGAAAGACUUCCGAUUCCUGUGAUAACAAUAUCAGACGAAACAACUGAUUCAGAUGAUGACAUGAUAUCAGUCAACGACAGAUUCACUCGAGCUGGUUUCUCACCACAAGUUAACCGUUUGCUACAUAAACGAAGCUCGGGAUUUCUAUAUCACCCUCAUUUAGCUGCAGUCAGAGAACUAGACAAAGGUCAGAUCCGGCGAAACAGUAUAGCUACAACCUGACAGGUGGAUAGCUAAACAAGGGCUUCAUAUCAUUGCUUCAUCUGACGCUGUGAAACAAUAGACAGCAAAGGUGCAGCAAAGCUAGAGCUUAGAAGGCUGACAACACAUCAAGCGCAGGGAACACCGCCCUGAAUAAUAAUAAUAAAUAAAAAUUAUUUUUUUAUAAGCAUCUUUUAUGUCUCUAAAAAAAAGUCAGAUUCAGUGAUGCAACAGUGUUUAUAGCCAAUCAGAUCAUCGGAUUUCUGUAUCAUGUGACCAAGAGUGGUUACUUCCAACAAGUUCCUGAUCAGAAGUUGAAAAUAGAAUGAGUGAUUGAAAAUGGCAAAACUCUUACACAGUGUCACUAAGUUAACAGUGUGUGGCUGUCUUCGGCGGCAGUUUUCAUGUAAGUUUUCUAACAAAGACAAAGAAUCUACGUUAUAAUACUACAUUAAUAUUGAUGUAGAUUUCUGAACUACCUGUAUGUCUGUUUUCGAGCGGAGGAUAAUAAUGUUGGGCCAUCUAAUUCAACAGUUUUUUGGUGGAAUUCAUUUUAAAUGUAUUUGAAUUUCAAACAAGACAAUGUUGAUAAGUGCUAUAAAGACAUUCCAGAUAUUAACCCAAUUUAUUCCAGUAUUAUGCAUGGUAUUUUAUUGUUGCCAUAUUUAACAGUAUAUGUGACACGGCAUAUACAGUUUUGACAAGUCUAAGUACUGUUUUAAAACCGGUAUUAAUGAUAGUUAUUAUAUAAUACUGUAUUAACAUGUGUGUACUUUGAUCUCAUUUGAUAUUUGAAAAUGUUUGUCAUGUUGUUAAAUUUUCAUAUUAAAAAAGCGGAAAUUUAAACAGUUAAAUUCACUUUACCCUACUGGCAUUGGCUUUUGUCGUUAAAGGCAUGUCCUUCAACAUCAGAACAUGCCAUGAUUACAUAUGUGAAAGAUACCAUGUAUAAUCAGUAUGAAUCCUAGCACACGAAAUCAAACACUAUUUAUAUGCAAAGUUCGCAUUUCUUGCUAGAAUGUUUAUAAACUUUGUGAGGUUAGUUCAAUAUGAUGUUUGGUCAUUUCAUUAUAAGAUUAAUAAAAACUUUUCAAGACAAACAAGAAUUAUCUUUUAAAAAGAUACUCGGCCG